AUGGUCCAGAAACCUGAAUACAUAUCUUCAAAGAUGACUCGGUCACUCUUUCCCCCUGCAACUGUCCGCCGGCUUACACAGCAAAACUCCCGCCUCUUCUCGACAUCUCGACCCAUCUUGCGCAUCUCCGCAUCCUCCGUCGGCGAAGUCGCUACUUAUCGGCAAACCACUACAUCUACCCCGGUCACUCCUCUCUACAAAACUACCAUUCCACGAUCUAUAUAUCUAUCGCCAUUCCGCCAACAUGCUGCUUCUUUCUCCUCCUCAUCCGCCCGCCCGGCUAGCAAGGUUAUACAAAACCCGAGGACUGGAGAUGAUGGCGAGACGCUUAUGAUCGGGAUUUCGCCUCGAGCUGUCGAACGUCUUCGAGAAAUUACCGACCCAACUACUUCCCCGUCAGCCACCAAAGAGGAGAACCCAUAUCACCAUCUUCGCAUUACCGUAACAAGUGGAGGCUGCCAUGGCUUCCAGUACAUGAUGUCUCUCGAGUCGGAAUCGAAAAUUGACGCUGAGGAGGAUACAAUCUUUGAAGGCGACGCCGACCCUUCCGAACUAUCAGCCGAUGCAAAUGGCCAAGCAAAGGUUGUGAUGGACGAGCCCUCACUGGAGCUUUUGUCCGGGAGCACUGUGGAUUAUACGACCGAGCUGAUUGGCAGUCAAUUCAAGAUCGUGGAUAACCCGCGAGCGACAAGUAACUGUGGAUGUGGAACUAGCUUUGAUGUGAUGUGA